UCCUUAGCCAUGAACUCUGACCAUACUCCUCCACCGUACUAUUUCCAGCCUCUGUAUUCCCAUACUGCUACUCCUCCACCUCUAGCUCUUACUACUAUGCAAGAACGGACUUCUGUUGAUUGUGCCUAAACCUGUUUAUAUUUUUGGUCUCUCCCAUCCUUAAAUUUCCCUAGAGACUUCCUAAACCCUGAGUCUGACUUGAUAUCUAUUCCUUACCCGAUACAUCCUACAUCUAUACCGUACCAGCAUCAACCUCACCGAGCAUUCAUAUAUGAAUCCACGCAGCGUGAUUGGGAAUACCGCCCAUCGUCCACCAUGUCAUCCCCUCCAACCUCCAAGCGAGUCAAGGCAUCUCCUUCGACCAACGCGCCAUCUCACCUGUUAGCUCAACAGCAGCAAAUCAAUCCAUUUCAAAGAGUGCCUUCACUCGAGGGCAUUCCUAUGCCCCAAUCUCAGCUUUCUCCAUCAAAUCCUAAAAAGCGCCGUGCUUCUCCUCAGGUAGGCACUGCGGCGACCAUGACGGCAUCCGGUACCGCCGUCACAGCGGGUGAGGUCGCGCUUGAACACGGGGCCGGUGCGCCAGAAGCCCCCCCGAAAAAAAAGGGAAGGACCAAUACUCCUUGGACUGCGGAGGAAGAGCAGCGACUAAAGACGAUGCGCGACGCUGGCCGCAGCUGGAGUGAAAUUGCCAAAACAUUUCCUACUCGAACCGAGGGGAGUGUUAAAAAGCACUGGUACAAGGAUAUGCACUAUGCCGAGUUCGACGAAGAUGAGUCCACAGCACUCCGCGAGGCGAUCAAGGAAUACGAGGCGAGCAAGUGGAAAGUCAUUGGACAAAGGGUUGGGAAACCAGCAAAGGCGUGUGAACAGUAUGCGAAAGAGCACUUUAAGGACCUCUAGACAUUCGACGGAACUUGACGACGACAUGAUGAACUAUGCAUAAGAUGUAUGAACCAUUGGUUCGUGUUGCCUUAGGAUCUGUUUUCGCACCACAGCACUCCAACGGGUUUCUUAUAUUUUAUUUUUUCACCUUUAUAUUUUUCACUCCAAUCUCUUUUUUCUGGGCAACAAUUUGCACAAUACUUGACGAAGGGCUCGGAGUUGAUCUUGUUGUCCCUUGACUUCUUUCUACUCUCUUCUUCAUUUUCACUUGAAAUACCCCCACUUGUCGUUUCCAGCUCAGCUCUCUUUUUUUUUUUUUUCCCUUUUAAGGCUCAUGAUAGGCCUCUCUACCAAUUCGAAGAACCUGCGUCGUAUCGAGUCCAUUAAAUGCCAAAACGCAAAUAGACCGACCCGUAAAGGGCUUUCUGCUGUCUUCUCUACUAGGUCGUAGAUAUUACGGACAUGUACACGGCAAUGAAA